ACAGCAUCUGGGGAGGCAAAGGCAUCAGGAGAAUCAGACAAACUUCAAGGUCAAUUUGAUCAAGGUCAGCUUAUAUCUAGUAAACUCCAGGCCAGGAGUCUCGGUAGUUAGCUGAAUUGAUGUUCUGCUCCUAGACCAAAAAAGAAAAAAAAAAAAUCUCACGGGGCUCAGUGGCACGCGUCUACAAUACCGGCACUCAGAUGGCUGAGAGAGAAGAGUUGGAGUUCGAAGCCAGUCUUGGCUCAGUGAGACUCAUCCGAAAAGUUACUCUCGAGCUUGUUACUCAUUUUCAACGUGUUACAAACAAGUGCAAAGGGCCGGUGAAAGAACGAAAGUGUAAAGUGUUUGCUGUGCAGAGGACACGGGGUGAUCCCCAGGGGCCGUGUGAAAAAGCCAGGGGCCUUGGGCUUCUGCUUGCCAGCCCAGCACUGGGGAGGCAGAGGCAUGCAGAGCCUGGGGCUCCCUGGCCACCAAGCCUAGCCUGCUUCACAAGUUCCAAACCAAUGAGACCCCCAUCUCAAAAAACAAGCAAGGUGGAUGACGGAACACCACCACCCUCUGGCCUCCACGCCUGUGUGCACAUACAUACACACACAUGUGCAUCAGCACACACACACACACACACACACACACACACACACACACACACACACAAACACCCAUGAAUAUAUACAUACAUGCACGUGCAAAAACGGAUCAAGAAUUCUUCCUGGCAAAAGAUUACUAAAUAUGGAAAGCUUCUGUCUCGGUAAGAAGGAAAACAGUGAAGUUGGGACAAUUGAGAUAUUCUAGUGCAUUUCUACACCAAGGGGGGCAGAUAUUUCUAAAGUGAAUUCUUUGUUACAUGUGGGGGGGGGUCAUCUCUGCUCUUUCCCAGGGGUCAAAAGGGUGUAAACUCUCAUCUUGGUGACACUAACCAAGAUGGUUUUCUCUCUGUGAUCUACGGGGCUAUGAUUUAGUGUUACUAAGACUGCAAGGCUAUGAAUUAGGAUCACUGUCCCUGGCACCUUUUUCAUAUAUAAAAAAUAUCCUUGGGGCACUUUGCCACCUACUGGACACUAUUAAAAAUCACCCAAUUAUGAAAAACAGCAAUUAGGAUCCGACUAAUGUUUUAUUACAGAUCGGCGUAGCUGAGAUUGAGUCCUAUAAAAGCUAGUGGGGUUGUCACCCCAUGGAAUAUAGACCUUGGCUUUGCACCUCUCUGGGGAAGAAGGUCGCCGGGCUGUGCUGUCGCCAUGUCUUUUCGAUUUUCUGGGGGAUCCAGGGUCUGCUCUCGAGCUGGAUCUGUCAGGCUGUCCAGGGGAGGGGCGGGCUUUGUGGCUGGGAAUGUGUGUGUUGGGCCCGGAGCAGAAAGCAGUUUUUCUUGCACCCUUGGGGGAAUCUCUUCUGGAGGAGGCUUUGGCCAUGGCAGUGAGGUGUCAGGAAGGGUUGGCGGCACUAGUUUCCUUAACAACGAGCCUGGACUCUUCUCUGGGAAUGAGAAAGUGACCAUGCAGAACCUCAAUGACCGGCUGGCACUGUACCUGAACCACGUGAGUGCUCUGGAGGAGGCCAACACUGACCUGGAGAAGAAGAUCGAGGGCUGGUAUGAGAAAUAUGGGCCUGGUCGUGGCCGUGGACUUGACUAUGACUACAGCAAGUAUUUCUCAGUCAUUGAGGAUUUGAAAAGACAGAUCGUUUCUAUGACCACCUGUAAUGCCAACCUUAUUCUUCAAAAUGACAAUGCCAGACUCACAGCUGAUGACUUCAAGAUGAAGUAUGAAAAUGAGCUUGCUCUGCACCAGAGUGUUGAGGCUGACACCAACGGUCUUCGCAGAGUGUUGGACGAGCUGACGCUUUCUACAACCGACUUGGAAAUACAGUGUGAGGCUCUGAGCGAGGAGCUGACAUACCUCCAAAAGAACCAUGAGGAGGAAAUGGGAGUCCUGCAAAACGCAUCAGGGGGGAACAUCAAUGUGGAGAUGAACGCGGCCCCCGGCGUGGAUCUAACGGCCAUGUUGAACAACAUGAGGGCGGAAUACGAAGAUCUGGCUGAGCAGAACCGAAGAGAUGCAGAGGCCUGCUUUAAAGAGAAGAGUGCAACGCUGCAGCAGCAGAUUUCAGAUGACGCAGGAGCGGCCUCAGCGGCCCGAAAUGAGCUGAUGGAGCUGAAACGCAGUCUGCAGACUCUGGAAAUAGAACUUCAGUCCAUCUCAGCGAUGAAACAGUCAUACGAGAGCUCAUUGGCUGAGACCGAAGGGAAUUACUACAGUCAACUUCAGCAAAUCCAGGAGCAGAUCCGGGUGCGGGAGGAGCAGCUGCAGCAGAUCCGAACAGAGACGGAAGGCCAGAAGCUGGAGCAUGAGCAGCUGCUGGGCAUCAAAACGUGUUUAGAGAAGGAAAUUGACAUGUACUGCAACUUACUAGAUGGAGAGGAACGAAGAAGUGAGUCCACGGGGUACAAACCAAUGGAUGGCAAGCCUGUGAAUGAAGCCAAUGACUCAACGGAAGAGACGUUUGUCAGAACAAUGGUCGAAGAGCUAGACCAACUUGGCAACCUCCUUUCCCUGAGAGUGCACUCCGUAGAAGAAAAAUCUUCUAAAAUCAGCAACAUCACCAUGGAGCAGCGGGUGCCUUCCAAAACCCCGUGAUGAUGGAAAGAUCAUUCAUAAAACACGAAGCUCCCUCUGCAGAAUUCCUCUGGUCAAGUAACCCAAGAAAAUUAUCCAUGCCUGCUCUUAAAGCUCAAAGGACUAGACUCCUUUUCUUCCUCUUCUCUUACUGUCAUGGGCAACACAGAUGGAGGUACAGGGACCCUUCUUUGACAGAGAAAAGAAAUCCUUGGAGAGCCAAUAUGAAGCAGAGCUGGGGGGUUACCAAAAGACAUUUUUAGCUUGGAUCUGAAGCAUGGGUCCAUAGAGAGGUGUUCAGGGCAGGGAUGAGAUGUACCCAAGCACCAGUGUGGGCUUCUCCCAAGACAGUCACAGCUGUUGUUGUUGUUGUUGUUGUUGUUGUUUAGGUUUUUGAGUCAGGGUUUCUCUGUGUGACAGCUUUGGCUGUCCUGGAACUUUGUAGACCAGGCUGGCCCUGAACUCACAGAGAUCUGCCUGCCCUCUGCCUCCCCUCUCAAGUGCCGGGAUUAUAGGCGUGCACCAUUACCAUCCAGCAAACACUUAGGUGUCUUUAUCACAGGUAUAUACAGGAUUCUGGUUCCCCUCAAGUUAUAUUUCUAAAGGUUACAAGAAACUCCCCCUCUCGUUUCUUUAACAUUGCUCAAAGGGUGCAGCCUAUAACGAGGUUAAGACUUAAAAGACUUCCCUUCUGUAAACAAGGUUGGAAGAUGGAUUGAUGGAGCUGUUGUUUAGAUUUAGGAGUGGGGAAAGAGUGAAGGUGAUAUAUCGUGCUGGUCCUAAGUAAGUAUGGUUUAGCUUGACAAGACGUCUUUGGGGGAAGUCGUGUACUGUCUCUCAGCCAUUUGGGCUUCCCCAGAGAUUUCUGAAGUUUCUGGCCUUUCUCAGGAGAAAAGGUGGGUCAUUCUCUGGAAACAAAAGCAUGUUUUUUUUCAUCCUUCCUGUGUUACCAUAAUGUUCCUAUCUGUCUACCCUCCCCAAUGCUUCAGUAAACCUUUCCAAGAAAUGAGACAAUCUUGGUAGUUUUUGUUUUUAUUUUGUGAACCUUUGGCCAUCUCAUGAAGAGUUCUUUGUUGCAAUUUUUUUUCUGAGACAGAUUUCUAUGUCUAGCUCUGGCUGUCCUGGAACUCACUUUGUAGACCAGGCAGGCCUCGAACUCACAGAGAUCCACCUGCCUCUGCCUCCCUGAGUGCUGGGAUCAAAGGCAUGCACCACUACUGCUCAGCAAAAAUUAUUUUUAUAUAUCUGCUUCUUUUUAAUUUCCACAGCUGUUCCCCACACGACCAUGCCAAGGGUGAAGUAAGAAAACACGGUGCUUCAUCUCACAGUCACAUUUGCCUCCAUAACAGAUGAAAGCAGAAAGGGCACUAGCCGUGACCUCAGGUCCCAAAUCCCAGUUAACUGUGCAAUGACCUGUUUGGCCUUCUAUGGGUGUAGAAGUUAAUAUACCCCUUGAUCACUAGGGUUUGUUCACUCUUCUGAUGCUUAGAUGAUCGGGGAAUGUUUUCCAGUCGGAACCUGGUUAGCUCUUUUUCCACUUUGUAAUGCCUACAUCUUUUUCCCCAACCCCAUGGCGUUGACUAAGCAAACCUAGAACUGGCCCACUCAAGCAGGACAGGGCUUCUCAAUCUUACUGACAUCCUCUGCAUACAAGACCAUGCCUGACACUGUGCAGUGGACAACUAUUAACAAAGAAACUCACCACUCAUCAGAGGGCAGAGAAUAACCAUCCAUGCCGUGCAGUGCUCGGCCAUAAAUGGAACAUCUGUAUCACAUCCCCUGACUCAAAGUUCAGGGAACAUCUCAGAAAAGGAAGAAAGACUCUAAGAGCCAAAAGUCAUGGAGGACCAGACUGAAACAGUGUCUUUUGGACACGACAGGACCACUACACUCACGAAUUCACAAAUUCAUGGCAGCUGUGGUUGCCCACGCGAGAUGAGCACGGCAUCAGGCCAGCCAAGAAGCAGGAAUGAAGCAGGGAGGGGCUCCCAAGCCCCAUCCCUAGCUGAGGCACUGCUGAGCAGAUGGCUUCCAGGAGUAAGAGAGUCAGUUUUCUUUUAGGGGUGCGACCCCUACUAGGUAGACCAUUCUCCAGUGGGUGUCUCCACACCCAUCUGUAUAUGAACAAAUUGGAUUCAGUGGGUUAUAAAAAUGGUGGGGGAAGAUGAAGUUGGGAAGGGGCUGGAACAUGGAUCUGGGAUGAGUCAUGGGAA